AUGGGGAAUAUCUUUCAUAAUAAAAAUUGGAAAGAAAGUGAAGCUGAACUUGUAAAAGUAACCGAUCGCAUUCUUAGUACACUUGGCGAGAUGUGGAGCAAUCCCGCGUUUUCGACCCAUGCAUCUUGUAGUGAGCAGAGCGAGGGAACAUACGUAACUGAAGUCAUAAUUCCUUUGCUUCGCUCAAGUUUGGGAAACCUUCCCAACGGCUGUAUAGCUCUAAGUACGGCAGAACGCGAAAGUUUAGCAAGUAAAGCUCGACGUAAUAUAGGAAGCCAUGAUGAACAAAUUUUAUCUGCAGUAAUUCAAAAAAAAAAUGAUGACGAAGUGAAACUAUGGAGAGAAACUUUAGAUGGGGCGAGUUCCAUAG